AUGAGUCUCGGCAAAAGUCCUGCGUGGCAUGUGCCGAAGGGAAACGGCGCUGCGAUCGCCAUACUCCGCAGUGCUUACGUUGUGUCGCUCGCGGUCUCCACUGCAUCUGUCAACGCAUUGUCGUUUCAGGAACCCCAGCAGACGAGAGAUUCGCAAUCGUAUGAAAGCUUAUCGAAUCAUUCUAUUGAGAAAGAUGAUACUUUACCACUUGCCAUUGGUUACUGGUCUACCUCCAGUAAUUAUGGUGACAUUCCAGCCUCAUGGCUAAUCACCCACCCUCCCUUGAGAACUGCACCAUCACUACUUCCCACAGGUCACUUCCCGGAAACUGCCGUGCUUGAUAAGUGGGCUAUAAAUCAGCUUUUACGGGCCAUCAAAAACCUUCCAAAAACGUUUGCUCAUUUUCAGAAGACCCAUUUCAUUCAUAAUCGCUUAUAUGACGAAUAUCUGCCUGAAACAAUCCAAGACGCGUUUGCUGUUUCGACAGCCUACUUGACAAAAACAGUAGAGACUGAGGAUAUUAUGUUUCGUAUCCUCGGGUCCAAGUCUGCUAGUUGUGUGAAUCAAGAUCACCAAGAAAGCACACCACUAGAGCUUCUCGCGGCAAUUCAGGCGUUGAUGCUGUUCCAAAUCAUCCAACUAUUUGAUGGAGAUAUCCGCCAACGCUCAGUGGCGGAACAAAACAUGUUUACAUUAAGAGCCUGA